AAAAAGCAGCAACAAAAUUGCUAUAAAAAAAGUUAAAUAUAUAUAUAACAUUUCUAAAAUAAAUAUAUAUGCGAACAAGUGUCUUAUUACAUAGUUAAAUAGUUUACAACCAACAACAAAAAGGAAUAAACCAAUAAUCAGCAAAGCAAAGAAGAACGGAGAAGAAGAAGCAGCAGCAUUAUUCAAAUAGUUAAAUACAGAAAAUAAAAAUAAAAAUAAAAAUAAACAAGUUUUAGUACCUACAGGCCUGAAGACAGAACAUUAGAACUAUAUAUACACACAAAAACAACAUAUAUAUACAUAUAUAUAUAUAUAUCUAUAUAUAGCUAUAGUUAUAUACACCUAUACAAUACAUAUAAACUUUAUAGAUUGGCAAGAAGCAGAAGAAGCAGCAACUGCAGCUAAGAACACGCCCCCUGCCCCCCCACUGUGAUAUUAGUAAUUUCACAUAUAUAAUAAACAACAAAACUUCAAAGUGCAAUAAAAAUUCAAAAUAAAUACAAAAAUAAAUAAAUAAAUAAUCCCCAUCCUUGGGCAAUCCUACGCCGUGCAGCUCUACAAUAAAAAAAGAAAACAAGAAAAACAAAUCGGAAAAGCGUUUACUUUAGCCUAGUUACAUAAUAACAACAACUGGAAAAUUGCUGCGAACAUUUUUUGUUGUAUCUAAGCGAUUGCAAUUAAGUUGACACACACACAUCUACGGGCUAUGUAGCUGUGUGUGUGUUGAAAAGGAUAAAGCUAAAGAAAUCAAGAAUUCAAAUUCGAAUUCGAAUUCGAAUUGAAGACACGCAUUAAAUAAACAUAACAAGUACAAGUUUUGGUGGCAAGCGCGCUUAGACGUCCUUUUAAUUAUGUAUACGCAACGUAUGUUUGACAUGUGGAGCAGCGUCACUUCAAAACUGGAAGCACACGCAAAUAACUUGGGUCAAAGCAACGUGCAAUCGCCAGCGGGACAAAAUAACUCAAGCGGUUCAAUUAAAGCUCAAAUUGAAAUAAUUCCAUGCAAAGUCUGUGGCGAUAAAUCAUCGGGCGUGCAUUACGGCGUCAUCACCUGCGAGGGCUGCAAAGGUUUCUUCCGGCGAUCGCAGAGCUCCGUUGUGAACUAUCAGUGUCCCCGCAAUAAGCAAUGCGUCGUGGAUCGCGUUAAUCGGAAUCGCUGUCAAUACUGUAGACUGCAAAAGUGCCUAAAACUGGGAAUGAGUCGUGAUGCUGUAAAAUUCGGCAGAAUGUCCAAGAAACAGCGCGAAAAAGUGGAGGACGAGGUGCGUUUCCAUCGAGCUCAGAUGCGUGCCCAAAGCGAUGCCGCUCCGGAUAGCUCAGUGUACGAUACACAGACGCCCUCAAGCAGCGAUCAGCUGCAGCACAACAACUACAACAGCUACAGCGGCGGCUACUCGAACAACGAGGUCGGCUAUGGCAGUCCAUAUGGCUACUCGGCAUCGGUGACCCCGCAACAGACGAUGCAAUAUGAUAUCUCGGCCGAUUAUGUGGACAGCACCACAUACGAGCCACGCAGUACAAUGAUCGAUCCCGAAUUUAUUAGUCAUGCGGACGGCGAUAUCAAUGAUGUGCUGAUCAAAACUCUGGCGGAGGCGCAUGCAAAUACAAAUACCAAACUGGAAUCUGUGCAUGACAUGUUCCGAAAGCCACAGGAUCUAUCGCGCAUACUCUAUUACAAAAAUCUGGGCCAAGAGGAGCUCUGGCUGGACUGUGCCGAGAAGCUGACACAAAUGAUACAGAAUAUUAUCGAAUUUGCAAAGCUAAUACCGGGCUUUAUGCGACUCAGUCAAGAUGAUCAGAUAUUGUUGCUGAAGACGGGCUCAUUUGAGCUGGCGAUUGUUCGCAUGUCCAGAUUGCUAGAUCUCUCACAGAAUGCUGUACUGUAUGGCGAUGUGAUGCUGCCUCAGGAGGCAUUCUACACAUCCGAUUCGGAGGAGAUGCGUCUGGUGUCACGCAUUUUCCAAACGGCUAAAUCGAUAGCCGAACUCAAACUGACUGAAACCGAACUGGCGCUAUAUCAGAGCUUAGUGCUGCUCUGGCCAGAACGCAAUGGAGUGCGCGGCAAUACGGAAAUACAGAGGCUUUUCAAUCUGAGCAUGAAUGCAAUACGGCAGGAGCUGGAAACGAAUCAUGCGCCGCUCAAGGGCGAUGUUACCGUGCUGGACACGCUCCUCAAUAACAUACCCAAUUUCCGCGAUAUUUCGAUUUUGCACAUGGAAGCGCUGAGCAAAUUUAAGCAACAACAUCCGAAUGUUGUGUUCCCAGCGCUGUACAAGGAGCUAUUCUCAAUAGAUUCACAACAGGAUCUGACAUAACCAGAGCCGAUCUUUAUGGACACAUCAGCUGGCUCUGUGGCCGAUGUUGCAGCCGGUUGUCCGCUGCAGAUACUUGCAACAGCGACCGCAACUGCAACGGCAACAUCACCGGAGCAGCCACUGCAGCUGGAGGACUGAGGCGGCAUAACAACAACAGCAACAGCAACAACAACAACAGCAACAACAAUAAUCAACAACAACAACAACAACAAAACAGCAAGCAACAUCAAUACAAACAAAACUUUAUCAUCAUUUAAGCUAGCAUACAACCAAGGAUGUGAUCCUGGCCGAGGACUCACUUAAAAGCUACAAACAAAAAAAAAAAAAACAAAGCAAAAAUAUUUCAAAAAUAUUAUAUAUACUUUUUUCUAGAAAAAAACAACAAAUAAAAAACAAAAGGAUGCAAAUGAUGAAAACACACACAGGCUAAUUACAUCAAAAACAAAACAAAACAACAAAACAAAAGCAAAUACAAUUUAAUAAAUUUAAAACGUAACUCAGUUAAUAUUUCGCUUCAUAGACAACAAAAACAAAACAAAACAAAAAAAUAUAUAUACAAAACAAAAAAAAAACAAAAAGUCAAAAUGCAUUUUAGCAAAAACAAAACUAAACAAAACCGAAAAUAAGCAAAAAUAGUUUUCAGUUAUGCAAAGCAAAUAAAAGCAUGUAAGCAAAACAUAGCCACGCCCCCCGCCCUCUAGCCAAGUACUUAAUGAACAAGCAAUUAAUUAAAUUUUCAUUUCAUUUUUUUUUGUGUAAAACUUAGCUCAGCUUGAUAUCAUGAUAUGCUCCCCUCUUCCUCCUCCUUCUCCUCCUCAGUUCAAAGUCCCUUAAAUAAAAAUAAGAAAAAAAAAAAAAAAAAAUGAUAUAAAACACCGCUCUAACCCUCUAGGUUGUCUCUGCCUUUUGUUGUAAACUAAAAACAUGUGUAUUAUAUAUACAAUAUAUAUAUAUAAAACCAAUUUAUAUAUAUAAAUAUAAAAUUACAUUACGUACAUAUAAAUAUAUAUAAUCAUUUAUAUAUUAUCAUUUUUUAUACAUAAUGCAAAUACAAUUUUUGUAAACAAAAUGCAAAAAAACGAAAAAAUGGAAGAAAAAAAUGCAAAAAACAAAAUCGAAUAUCUCGGAAAAAUGUGUUCUUAUAUAAUUAUGAUUAAUGUUUAAUGUUUAAAUAAUUACAAUUACAAUUACGUUUAACACUUUAAAAAAAACAAGUUGCAAAAAACAAAACAAGAAAAACACAUUUAGGAGCAAAAACCUUUAUCAUUUUCGUUUAACUAUUUUAUAGCAUUUUUCCCCCAAAAAAUUCCGGUUCCAAGGUUUAUUAGAUUUAAAUGAGAAUAAAACAAAAAAACCAAAAAAAAAUACACAAUUUAAAUAAAAAAGCAUUAACAGACUUUAAUAGUUUAGCUAAAACACAGCAACAACAAAAACAACAACAGAAGAUGAAAAUGAAAAUGAACAGAAACACUUUUGAUAUACAAAUACAAUAAAAGAUACAUAAAUAAAUUGUACUAAAUGAUAAAGUUAAUAUUGAGAAUGGAAAACAAAAAAAAAAAAGCAAAAAACAAAA